UGGCGACUCAGCAAGGCUAUAGUUAAAAGCCCCUCGGCUCGUCCUCAAUAAGAGACAGUGCGGGGUCUUUACAUCUCCUUUAUCCUUCCUGCACCUGAGAGAUUGUAUAAAUCAUGGCUCAGUCUCUCGGACUGGCUCUUCGAUCGUCACGUAGAGCGUUGCCGUCUCUCUAUCGUCGGAGUUUUUCUGUUUACAGUCGCCAAGUAGCUGUUGGUCAGGGCGACGCCGCGACAUCAACAACUGCAGAGGUUGAGAAUCGAUCGCUGGAAUGGGAGCUGAAUCAUUGGAAGGCUAGCAAAAAACAGGAAAGCAAGAGAGCGAGCCUUCGGCUGCCUGACAGCUAUCUUCAACAGCUCGAACAGACGAUUGCCCAGGUGCUGCCUGUCAAGCUGCAAGACUCAUACCUGAAGUGGGAGGACAACUACGGACCACUGGCCAAAGAUGAGAGAAUCCACUACGUGCAGCUGCGCGAUGCCUGCAAGUGUCCGACAUGUGUGGACCAGCACUCAAAGCAGCGAAACUUCCGCACAACCGAUAUCCCGUCUUGGAUCCAGCCGCGGACGUUGGAGUGGAAAGAUGGAUCGUUGACGGUGCAGUGGCACAACGAUAUCAAGAGCUACCCACCGACACACACAUCUACUUAUAGCAUCGAUGAUCUCAGGGCUCUCACGAUGGGGAUCAAACACCAGGAUAUGCAGCGGAUAGACCGGAACCGCCGCUUCUGGACGCGCCAGAUCAUGCGCAAGAGACAGCACUGGAUCUCGUACGAUGAUUACAUGAAUGACGAGCUCAAGUUUGCUGUCGCCAUGCGUUCUCUGGCCGUAUACGGAAUUCUUUUUGUCAAAGACAUCCCGGAGUCACGCGAGAUGGUCGAAAAAAUCGCUACCCGCAUGGGACCCCUGCGCAAUACCUUCUACGGGCCGACGUGGGAUGUGCGCUCGGUGCCGAAAGCCAAGAACGUGGCGUACACGAACCAGUUUCUGGGAUUCCACAUGGACCUCUUGUACAUGAAUGAGCCUCCGGGCUACCAGCUGCUGCACUGCUUGCAGAACUCAUGCGAAGGCGGAGAAUCGCUCUUCUCGGACGCGCUGUACGCUGCGUACGUAGUCCGGCUCGUGGCGCCGGAGUACUACAAGGCGCUGUGCUCCUUCCGUCUAGGCUAUGAGUACAGGCACGAAAAUCAUGUGUACAGCAACCGGUGGCCUGUCGUGCAGGCCUCGUGGGAUGCGCGGGCCCAGCCAUACCGGGUCAACUACUCGCCACCCUUCCAGAGCCCGCUGUAUCUUGACCAAAGAGACCAGGAAAACUUUGAGAAGUUCAAGGAUGCGCUUGAAUUCUUCACACGCAUUAUGGAAAACAAGAAGAGCAGCUUUGAGUUGAAGCUUAACCCAGGCGAAUGCGUCAUCUUCGAGAACCGCCGGAUUGUUCAUGCACGCCGCCAGUUCAACACGGAAUCUGGCCAUCGUUGGCUUGCAGGUGCGUAUGUCGACGAUGACGCUGUACGGUCCACCAUUCAUGUCUGCCAAAAGAAAUAUCCCAGCGCGUUUCCGCCAACAAGAGGGCCGUCUAAGGAGCCAGAAUCAGAGUAAACUCCAUGUACCUACGAUCCAUCAUUUGCUAAGGUUUUCAAGACCGCAAUAAGGAUUACAUAGUCGGAAGUUACAUGCUAUUCCACUAAAUUGAACAGAAUCAUAUUGAUACUUUAUGCAUGC